UGAUUUGUUCCACGUGCAUUUGUUGUGCUAAAGAGAGCAAAAUGAUUACUCAAAACAUUUGCUUAUCUUGGUCAUAAUCAGAUUAUGAAAUGAAAAUGGACUUCCUGACAGUGAAGGACAUAGCUGCAGAGUCUAUUAGUUCUAUUAAACUCAUAGAACUGUUGGUGAAGCAGGUUAAAAAGAAAAAAGACAACAAAAUAGAUCCAGAAUUCUGUGAUCUCUUGUAUUUACUGGAAGGCAUCAUCUCAACAGAACAAGAUGUGGACACUAAUUGCAUUCAUAGAGUUUUAGAUGAGGUGUGCCUCCCACUCUUGUUUAAGAUUCAUCCCUCAUAUGACAGUAAUGUAGAGAAUGUAGCUCUGCUGACAUCAGUUAGCUCCCUUUGUGGGGCGUGUCUAUUGAAGGCUGAGGAGACCAGGGUGACUGAUUUGAUUGACCAGUGUUUGCGGAUUUUGACAUCUUACAGUCAGGGGGCUGAUUGGAUAUCCGAGGACGGAGAGUCCAUGGACAUCUAUUGCUGUUUGUCAGUUUUACAGCAUAUGUCCAAACAUAGGGUAAACCAAUUCUUAACUUCUAUACAGAGCAAACUCCUAAAGGCAUACUUCUGUGUUGUUCAUUCUAUAAAGUGUAUGCAGGACAAUUUACUCAUAAACAUGGCAUUAAAUUUCCUAAAGAAUAUGAUGAAUAUAUGUAUCAGUGAAAAUUUUGAUAAACUUUCAGCUGUCUGGGAAUUAAUUUGCAAAGAGUUUGAUGAAGGGAAUGAAAAGCCAUACAUUUUACUUUGUGGUAUGGCUGGCCAUUUCUUUCCUGUGGUGAAUGACACUGUAGUUUUUGAUCUGAAAUGUAAGGAUGACUUCUGGAGAAUAAUUCAGCAAGGAGUAAGUCGAAAAUCACCCUCCUCCCGGAAACAAACGAUGUACCUGUUGAAGAGGGUGACUGACAUCUGUCAUUCCUGUAACAUUAGUGUUCAAAGUGAAACCUUGUUCCACUGGAAACCAGAAGACAAUUUGAUGGAGCUCUGGGAGGACUAUAUACUAAUUCUAGAAACCUUGGAAGAAAAACAGGUUCACAUCAUUAAACCAGUGCUUCCCAGAUUAUCUAAACUCAUAAAAGCAACACAGAUUGAUCAGAAUGGUCAAGGAGCUCUACAUUCAUCCUGGCUUACAGGCAUUUUCAGGAGACUUCUGAUGCAUGAGAAUAUCUUUAUUGUGAGGUAUACUGUGGAUGUAAUUCUAAAAUUAGACCUCCGGUUUUGUCCAAUGCUGAAACAAGGCCAGGAGAAGUACCUAUGUGAAGAGUUUUUGCUGUCCCUACAAGAGCCAAAACUGUUUGUCAGACAAGAGGGGUCCCCAGCAGGAUCCAGUCUCACUUGUUGUGAGGCACUGGCAGGGUUCUUCCAAAACUGUUGGCAAGUCCUGGACAAUCCAUCUGCACAAACAUCUUUCUUCAGGAGAAUCCUGACAACAAUUGUAGACAACACUUGGAGCCCAGUGCCCUUAUUAAUGAUUUUUGAGGCUCUGUCAAAAACUCCAGCUACUCCUAUCUUGGAUUCAGCUGGACUUCAAGAUUUCAAAAAUGGUGUAACUGGUGAGACAAGAACCUGGGACAGUUUUACUAGAGGGGCCAUGUUGUGCUUCUGUGGAAAGAUUCUUCUGAAUCUUAUAAACAUUGAAAAAGUUCAGCCUCUUGAAUUUUUCUUCACCCUCACCAUGUUCACUAGAAGUGAGAGUCUGUGUAGAGGAACUUGUUUUUGGAAGGAGGUUUCUGAUUGGCUAAAGACCAUUACAAAUCUUGGACUCAAGAAUUGGACUGCAGAUGACAUCAAAUCAUGCAUCAGAAACCAAACUGUAAAGCUACUGACCAUCAAAGAGGACAGUGUUACAGAUGAAGGAGACAUUUUGAUGAUGAGUCGUCUGAUACUGUUGUCUGUGGAUGCAGACAUCCUGCCACUGAGGACUUCCUCUGAAGAGGAGACAUAUUCCCUGACACACACACUACAAUCACUGACUAAGAUCAUCAAUGAUUUCCCUACCCAUCCCUACAUGUCAUCAGUCAAGGUGGAAAAAGCACUGGAAUUAAUGGUGGGCCUUAUGGCAGAAGUUGGAGAUUCAUUAGAAGAUGAAGUCAGCCAAUUUAUGAAGUCUUUCAUGAACGCAGCAGCUGUAUCAGGAAUCCUAUUUAUACAGCAGCAGCUCACAGAGGGAUGGAAACAAAUGAGUGAUCUCCCUUCAGUAAACCUUUGCUGUGAUGCACUGUCAUUGGUUGUGAGCAAGUCAUUUGAUGCUAAUGUUGGAGAAGCAACAAAACAAUUGUCUGGGAGAUGUUUUCAUUUUCUGCACACUUUGAAACAGGACAGUGUAGAACAGCAGAUUAAGCGGCUGGGAGCUAGUAUGAUAUUGGGAACGAUUGCCCAGCAUGUCACGGAUCAGAAGCUACUAAGACAUUUACUCACACAGGUCCAGUCUUCAGCCUCAUUUAUUCCAGCCACAUUUAUAAAGCCCCACUCUGAUACCUGUAUUAGCCAGAAAGAAUGGGGAAGAAUGGCAUCAGACUUCAUGACCAGCCAAUGGCAAAUUGUCCUUUUCCUCUUAAAGAAUUCCAAUCCAUGCAACUCCUUUGUCACUAUUGAGAAGUGUUUGGAAUACUUGGCAGUCAGUUCAGGGGAGGCCACGAUUAUCAUCUUCAGUUGUAUCAAGCUCCUUUUGCCAAUGAAGGUAGAUGAAGGAAAACUAGACACAGUAGUAGAAGUGCUUAGAAUCACAUGGGCUUAUCUAAAGGAACGCCAAGGAAAAGGGACCAGUUACUGGCAGUACUUAGAGGCUUACACAGAAAUGGCCUUCCAGAGAGCCCUGACCACACAGUCUAAGGACUCUCCUGUUACACAUCAACUCUUACAAAUUAGUGAUGACCUUAUGGAGACUGGUGAAGAGAAAAGCGGGGUAGUAAAUGUGUUGUUAAAUCGUUUGAUCAGAGACUGCCCCGUUCCAAUGGAGAAUUUCCUUCCAGUCCUUGUCCAAUGCUGUAUGUUUGGACCUGUCUACAAAAAACAGGAUAAACAGUUGAUUGAUGUGUUCAGCUACAUAUCAUCUUUAGGAUCCAAAUUAACCAGCAAUGAACUCCAACCUUGGUUUCCCAAGAAUCUGAUGGUGAAAGUCAGACUUGUAGAAUUCCUGUGUCAUUUAGAUCCUCAGAACUCCCUCCAUAACAGCUUUGGACACCUCCUCUUGUCAGCUAUAUUUAAGAAAUACCUGGACUUGGUGACAAUAUCCAGUGGGAACACUUAUAGCAACUCGUUACCACAUCGUCAGAAAAACAGACUGAUGCAGUGUGUGUUGCUCUUAGAACCAUUUAUUUCACAGACAGAAAGUGAGCUUAUAUUUUCCCAGCUGAUUGAUUUUCUCAGUGUAGAGAUGCAGCCCUCUGUAAGACAUUACCAGGAGUGGGCAUGCAUGCGGCUUAUUGGUCGAUUUCCAAACCUUGUAUCAAAUUUGUGGUCAGCAUUUGCUGUGAUUCAGAAGAAGAGUACCCCAGGCCUCUCCUCACUAAUGUUAAUCACUUCUCACAUUGGACCUCUGCAAACCACAGCAUCUCAGGUAGAAUUUUUAGGUCACCUGAGUAAACUCAG